GAGAGAGAGAGGUGUUAAAAGCACAAGCAGGAACUCCUUCCCCUAGGUGCUGCUCCAUAUCUUCUACACUCGAGGAAUAUUGGAAAGGUCAACAUCGGCUCCAUGGCUGACUCUAACGCAACGCAGGCCGCUUGUGACUACAGCUGGUUGCAGAAUGAGGCCUCCAAGGCGAUCCAAAUUACCAUCACGCUACUAAUUUUCGUGGUGGGCAUUUCUCUGAACGGGUUGGUGGUCUGGGUCCUCGGACUGCGAGGCCGCCGUCACCUGGUGCGCCGAGGCAGCACCGAGGAAACGCGCGCCGCCAACAGUUUCCGGGUCUACGUCCUGCACCUGGCCUUGGCUGACCUCAUCCUGCUGCUGCGGACCCCCCUCAUGAUCGGCUACCUCAUCAACGAUUACAGCUGGCCGUUCGGAAAGGCCGUCUGCCACCUGAUCAUAUUCCUGAGGUGUCUGGGGCUCUACAUGUCUGCGUUCCUCGUGUGCGCCGUGGCUCUGGAGCGCUGCCUGUGUCUGCUCAGGCCCGUGUGGGCUCGGCUCAAACGACCCGCCUGGGCUGUCCCUCUGGUCUGUGGGGUCCUCUGGCUGAUGGCCCUCGUCCUCUCCGUCCCCUACAUCUACUUUGCUGACCUGCAGACAAUCAACGGAACAAAGCAGUGUGUGGAGGGCGGGAGAUCCAAUUUAGGAUUAAUUCUGACAGACACCAUUGCAGGCUUCAUCUUGCCUCUAAUGGUGUUCCUAGGCAGUAACGCGGCCGUUUUGCUCACCAUCAAUAAAGCACUGCCUUCAACACCCAGCGGGACAACCCCAUCAAUGGCACGCAAGAUGAGCAGGAUGUACCAUGUGCUCUUUUCCACCAUGCUCCUCUUCCUCACCUGCUGGGUGCCCUUCUUUGUCUGUCGCUUCCUGAUGGCCGUGACACACAGUAGCUGCUCAGCGACGCAGUGCACGUACAUCUCUCUGUACCUGGUGUACAUCAAGUGUACCCUUAAUCCCGUGAUGUACGUGUUUGCCGCCAGAGGCCUGGGCCGCGCCAUCAAAGCGUCCCUCAUCUCCACCAUCGACCGUCUUUUCAAUGACGAAUCCUACGAGUCUAUUCGAAGGAAGUCCCUCAAGAACUCCCAGAUGUGAUCCAGAUGUUUAGAGGUGUUGUAAGAUAUGUAUCGAUUGACCCCCAUCCACCCGUUUUUCAGACCCGCUUAGCAGAGUCUGAGAACAGGGGUCUUCAAUUGCGGUCCUCAAGGUCCGGUGUCCUGCAGCUUUUAGGUGUGUCCCCGGUCCGGCGCACCUGACUCAAAUGGCUGAAUCGGCUCAUCAGCAUGCAGUCAAGUUCUCCAGAGUCCUGCUGAUGACCUGAUUAUUUGACUCUGGUGUGUUGGACCAGAGAUAUGUCUAAAAGUUGCAGGACACCGGACCUUGAGCACUAGAAUUGAAGACCAUCGGUCUCGGAAAUGGGUGGCGCCCGUCUCCAGUAGCUCAGGAACAAGAGAAAAGGGUCCACCCUGGACAGGUUCAGUCUAAUGGACAGCCUAACACAGCAAACCAUCUACUGCUCACGCUCAAAAGGCGGUUCAGGGUGACUGAUUGACCUUACGGAUAUUUUAUGGACUGUGAGAAGAGACCAGAAUACCUGAAGAGAACUCGGAGCAGAGCCAGGAUCUGAUCUGAUCUGAGCUCAGGACCUUCAGUGCUAAGAACUGGGCCCCCUUUUUAAAGCGCUGGUUGAACUCUUUAUGUGUGCAAUUUCUGUUCCUCUCCUUUGACCCUUCCUGCUUCCCCAAACCCGGCAUUAGCAUUGUAAAUAAAAUGAAAGGAAUUAGUAUGAUUGACUGUGAAGCACUUUAUGUCAUUGUUUGUAAGCGUGUGCUUGAGACAGACAAAUAUGUUUCUGGGAAUGUAUUAAAAAAAAAUCUAUCGUGAUGUAUGUUUUUGAGCUGUAUAAUAAAGGUCAUUUAAUGUUG